AUGAUCCCCGACGUGAAGCUGCGGAGCUGGUUGUCGCGCAAGGACCGCAAGGACGGCGCGGAGGACUCUCCGCGGGGCAGCGCCAGAGAGCCGUCGGGGAAAGGCAGAGAGAAGCAAGGGGGGGGGACGGGACUCGACAGACUGGGCGCAGGGGGUGUUGAUGGCGCGCGCGGUAAGUUUGGCGCGGUGGCAGGCGGGCAAGCGGUGCUUUCAGCGGAGGGCGACGUGCCGCGCUCCGCCUCGUCCGACGCGUCCUAUGCGCGCAACCCGCGCGCCGACAUUGCGCGCGACAUGCCGCCGGGGGGCGCGAUGAGCCCCACGGACGAGGAGCUGGAUCGCGCCAUGGCGGAAAUGGGCUGCGCGGGCGGGGGGCUAGGGGCGGCGGGGGGCCCGAGUUCCGCGCAAGCGGGAUCGCCGAGCGGGGCGGUGACUCCGCGGUCGCGGCGGGAUAUAUGGAAGUGGCGGAGGAGUCGCACGGCGGCGCUGCCAGUGGGCGGCACGGUGGGCCGGGGAAACGCGGCAGCGCUGCGCGGGUGGCUGGACCGCGAGAGCUCCUUCGCGAGCUCCACGGGCGGAGAGUCCGCCAGCGGGGUCUCCGCCGUGGGCUCUGAGGGCACCGCGGGGGGCGGAGGGGCAGGCGGGGGAAAGCGGGAGGCGGAAGACGGCGGAGGGGAGCAGAACGGGGGAGGGGAGGCGGGUUCGGGGGGCGGGGCGGCAGGGAGCGGUUGGAAGCGGUGGCGGCUGUCGCGGCAGCUGGGGUUCGGCGCGGAGGACGUGCGGGUGAUGCGCGAGUUCCUGGCGCACCGCGACGCGUGGGUGGCGCUGGAGGCGAGCCCCUCCACGCGCUUCUACGUCUUCGACUACAUGCAGAGCGUCCGCUCUGGUGCUUACCCGCGCGUGCUCGCGGUGAAGCCCACGCGCCCUUCCCAUGGUCGUCCAUUCGCGUUCCGCGCAGUGGUGCGCGCGCACGGGCUGUCGGAGGCGGAUCUGAAGAGCCAGAAGCGCGAGACGCUGCAGCUUCUGGCGCUGCUGUUCUCGCAGCACGACGGGCUGUGGCGCCUGCGCCGCCAGCAGCUGCUCGAACUCAUCGUCGCCUCGCCCUCCUGGCUCGCCGCGCCCGAUGGGGAGCAGCACGCGGACGAGUGGGCGGAGGGGGACGAGGGAGGGGCGGAGGGAGUGGCGGAACGUGGCGCGGGAGGGGACACGGUGGGGCGAGAAGAGGGGCGGGGCGCGGAGGAGGAGGGGCAAGGGAACGGCAUAGUGGGGGAGGGCGAGGGCGGGAAGGAGAGUGGGCAGCGCGAUGGUAGGCGCGGGGAUGGGUCCCGAAGUGCAGUGAGCGUGGCAUCAGGUUCAGGUGCCGCACAAAGGGGGGAUGACGAGGGGGCUGAGGCGGAGAAGCAGGAGGGCGGUACCAGGGGCGUGGGGGACGCGGGCAAGGAGGGGGAAGGGCAAGAGGGGAUGGAUGGGAAACAAGUGGAGGGGGUGCGUGAGGCGGAGCAGGCAGUGGGGUCAUUGGAAGCGGGGCAUGGUGUGGUGGCGCGUGUGGCGGGCAGUGCGGGCGCACGCAUGCAGGGGAGUGACGCCACGGACGGGGCAGUGGCAGGAGGAGGAGAGGCGAGGGUGGCGGGUGGGGGAGAGGACGCAGAGGCGAAUGCGGGGCGGAGGGAGAGAUUACGAGGUUUAGGGGAGGGCAUGGGGUCAGGGAUGGGCGGGGGGGGCAGAGGUGCGACGCCCGUGCCAUGGCCCGCCCCUCCUGCUCUGAGAGCCAGAGCAGUGGCGGGCGGGGAUGAGCCCACAGCGCCACAGCCCACCGGUGGCACUGUUUCUGCUGCGAGUGACGGCGGCAGCGGGGCAGUGGCCAGGAGCAGCAGCAGUGGUGGUGGGAGCGGCGGUGGGAGUGGAGUGGCGAGUGGGUGGGCGGCGUCGGAGAUGUAUCGGCGCAUGAGCAGCAGCUUCCUGCAGCGCGACAAGGAGCUGCUCUCCGCCUUCCUGCACCGCGCCGCACACUGGGACUCGCUGGCGCCGCGCACGCCCAUGCACGCGCGCUUCCUGGCCACGGUGGAGGGGCUGCGAGCGGGCGAGCAGGGCGAGCUGGCGGGCAUGCGCGGCAUCGUGAUGGCGCAGCGCGACGCCGUGGACGCCACCGACGUGCUCCGCCUCAACACCGGCGCGCUCCAGGUGCUAGCGGGGGUGCUGUCAGACGCGCCCGUGCACGCGAGCACGGCACGGGACGACCUCAUUGCCAUCUGCCUCUCCCACGGCCCCUGGGUGCCGCCCACUCCUGCCACCCCUGCAACGCCCGCCACUCCUGGCAGCACCCGCUCACGUCGCUCGCGCAGCAGGGGGUUCUCGCGUGGGGUGGGCGAGGCGUGGGAGGAGGGCGCGGCGAGACGCGUGGAUGCGGCAGAUGGAGCUGUUGGCAGUGGCAGCGCGCGCAUGGAGGGGGAGAGUGCGCGGGACAGGGGCGGGAGAAAGGGCAGAGGCGACAAAGAAGGAGAGGCGGGAGAAGGGGAGAACGGGGUGGGCGAGGGGGAGGAGGAAGGAGGUGGGGUGGCCCGUGGCGAGGAGAGGGAGAGCAGCAGGGGCAGCAGCAAGGAGGCGUUCGCGUAUGGCGGCACCUGGGGUGGCAGCCGCAGCAAGGGUGCAGGCAAGAAGGGAACGCUGAGUCGCAAGCACAGGGCGGAGCUGGAGAAGCUAAGGCAGGAGGUGCGCAUGAUCGAGGAGAAGGCCAAGCUCAAGAAACUCAUGCUCCAAGCCACGCCCCCCGAUCACCCCUCCACCGCUGCCGCUGCUGCCACUGCUCCUCAUGCUGCUGCUGCCAGUGCCUCUGUUGGCAGUGAUGCUGGUGGCGGUGCGGUUAGCGCGCGGGACAGGGAUAACAGUGGCAGGAGUUUGCGCAGGAGUGCGAGUAGAGGAUCCAGGUCGUUCUCUCACACGGACCACCACAUUGCUGCAGCUGCGGCCAGUGCAGCUGCUGCUCCACCUCCCACUGCCUCCCCUGAACCUGCAUCCGAACCAUCUACAGGUUCUCCCAAUGCCCACUCCACCCCAACACAGCACGCAUAUGAGCAGCAUGGCGCGCACAUCACCUCCCCACCUGAACCCACGGCCAUCGCCACCCCAUCACCCCUGCUGGGCUCAUCCCCUGCAGAUGCCCCCAGCUUCCGAUCCAUGGUGUCGCCUGCUACCUUGUCCGCUCCCCUGCACACGCACAGCGACGACAACCUUCACGACAGCCGGCAGAUUGAUGCUGCCCAUGCCAUUGGGCUCUGCCCUACUGCUGCUGCUGCCUCUGCUGCACAUGGUGAUGGUGGUGGUGACGCCAUGGAAUCCGGCCUUGCUGCGCCCGUGGCGUCUUCUUCACAUGCACCUGUGCUGCAUGGCGCGCACAUGGUCGGCCCUCGGGACCUGUAUUCCGCUGCAGCCCCUGCUGCUGCCACUGAUCCUUCUGGAGGCGCCCCCACUGCUGCAGCUGCCGGCAGUGAGGGAAUGCCUGAUGCGCCUGCUCCACCCUCCACCACCGCCACUACACCACCACCUUCCACUUAUGCUGCUCUCACUCUGCCCGACGCUGCUGCCACCGGUACCAGCAGCAGCGGCAGCGGGCAUGAGUGGGAUGCGGUGGGCGUGCCCUCUCGGGGCGUGCGCGCGUGGCACAGGCAGCCCAUGACGCCCAACCUGGGUGCGUCGUCGCGGCGCCUGCGCCCGCUGGCGUUCCUGCGGGGGGACGGCGAGCAGGGCGAGGAGGUGCAGGUGCGCAGCCCGGGGUCACAGGGCGCCAUGGGGCUGCCACCGCAUGGGGACGACGGCGAGCGGCGCGGCAGGGGCCGUGGCGCGUCGCGAAUGCGCGGCAGGGAGCGCAGGGAGCGAGUGGUGCUGGGGGGCUGGGAGAUGGAUGGGGAGCGUGGCGUGGGGGAGGGCGCGGAGUGGGACGCGGGGGAGGGGGGUGAGGACGGCGGAGAGAGAAGUGCACGGAGUGAAGGGGGUGUGAGGAGCUUAGACGGGCAGUAUGGGAUGGGUGUAUUGGUGAACGGUGGUGGUAUUGCGGAGGAAGAGGAGGAGGGGGAGGCGGAGGAGGAGGAGGGAGGAAGGGGGAUGGAGGAAGAGGGGAUUGAGAAGGAGGAGGAACACGAGCAGGAGGAAUUUGAAGAAUUGGAAGAGGGCGGGGAGGAAGUGGAGGAAGAGGAGGAAGAGGAGGACUUUGAGGAGGAAGAGGAAGUGGGGGAGGAAGAGGGAGUGGGGGGGGAAGAGGGAGUGGGGGAGGAAGAGGGAGUGGGGGAGGAAGAGGGAGUGGGGGAGGAAGAGGGAGUGGGGGAGGAAGAGGGAGUGGGGGAGGAAGAGGGAGUGGGGGAGGAAGAGAGAGUGGGGGAAGAAGAAGGGGCAGAAGAGGGGGCAGUUGGAAGAGUGGAGGGAGGAGAGGAGGGGGAUGAGGUUACACUAGCAGCAGAGAUGGAUGAUGCUGCAGCGCGUUUCUUUGACUCACGGGGAGACGCAGGGGUGUGGCAGGGCAUAGGAGCGGCGGCCGCACCCGCAGCAGGGGAGCUGGCGAGGCGAUGGAAGAAGGGGAAAGAGCGGGCGCGCAGGCGCGGGGGAGAUGUGGGGGCGGACGAGGAGCAGCAGAGGGAGGCGGAGGACGCGGAGGCGCUGCUGUCAGCAGCGGCGGCAUCAGGUGCGGGCAGGAGGAAGGGGCUGGGUAGAGGCCACAUGGACCCCGAGCCCAGUGCCACGCUGCUGCUGCGCCGCUUCAAGGCGAGAGAGGGCCUACCCGGUGGUCAGGAGAGUUCUGGCAGGCCCACAGACACUGCCAUGGCCUCUGGCAGCUCCCAUGAUGGUGUAAGGGGGGGGUCUCCAUCCGACGCACAUGCUCCACCCACGUCAUCGUCAGCAGCAGCAGCACCAGCAACAGCAGCAUCGGCAUCAUCGCACGCGGUGCACCACGCGGCAUCGCCGUCCUUUUCGUCGCUGACAGUGGCCAUCCCGCGUGCCCCUCUGGGCUCCUCUGACCUCGCCCUGCACUCCCUCUCCCAUGCCAGCCCCGCCUCCCACGCCAGCCCCUAUGCGCGCAGCCCCUACCACGCCAGCCCCUCGUCUCAAGGCAGCCCCUCCCACUCCAGCGCCUCCUCCUCCCAGGCCAGCCCCUCCCAAGGCAAAACCUACCGCCACCACCACAACCACCACCACCACCCUCCGCAUCCCCCUCAGCAGCAGCAGCAACAGCAGCAGGGUCAGCACAGCGGUUCCCUCCACGGCCCCUCUCGGCUCUCCCCCACAGGCUACUCCCCGAGCAGUGCAUCAGGGCAGGGGGGAGUGCGGCAGGGGGGCGGUGGGCCAGCAGAUGGAGCGGACGAGAUGGACGAGGUGAGUCGCCUGGAGCACGAGGCGCUGCUGCGCUUCUCAUCGGGUGCGCGGCAGCUGGAGGUGCAGGCGGACAAGGAGAGGCACGCCGUGGACGUCGCAGAGGCCCGUGUCUCCGCCGCUCUCGAGCGCCUCGACGCCGCCAGGCGCGCCGUGGCUGAGGAGAAGGCUCGGCGCGCGGCAGCUGUGGCUCGUUGGAAGGGGGCGAUGGUGGCGGUGGAGGAUGGCAGCGAGCUGAUGGAGGAGGCGUGUGCCGUAGUGCGGCGCAAGGCGGACGAGUGCCGUGACGCGUGGCGGCGCCAUGUGGAGUCCACACAGCGGCUCACCUCGGGGGGCAGCACACCUGGGGGCACGACGCGUAAGAAGAUGAACCGCAUGCGGCAGGAAGAGUUUGAGCGCGCGGCGCGCACUCACGAGGAGUUCCUGCGGCUGUGGGAGGAACUGGAGGCGCUUUGCAAGCCCAGCCUGCAGGCCGCCGUGCAGCGUCUGGCCAGUGGGUCGCUGCAUGUGGAUGGGGACACAGGCGAGUACAGCAUGCAGGCACCCACCAGCAAGGGCCGCAGUAGAGCCCGCGACAAGCUCAAAUAA